AUGAUUACCGUACAAAUGAAAACACGAGUUUUUGGUGUCAUGUACCAAAAGACUUAUCCAACAGAACUGCAGGAUCAUAUACGUCAGCAUGAGUUUUAUACGAAAGUAGAUGCUCUAAACAAACCGCUGAAAGCAAACGCUAUGCGACUUGCUUGGAUCGGUCUCGCUGGACUUCUUUUGUCUGGGGGCUUUAUCACAAUCUUUUUGAUCUUGUCGAGACACAAUGAAGAGAUUAUGUUGUAUAUUGCAAUAAUCCUGUUUUUCAUGACAAAAUUAGUGGUUUGCUAUGUCGCGGUAAUUUGGUAUUUAGAGAUUGACGAGGAGAGAGUACGCAUUAUAAGGGAAUUUAACUCUAGCGAUAGGCAGCGAGGCAUUAAGUGGAAAUGUAUCAGUGGGCCGUUUUGGCCAUUCUGCAUCAGACGGUCGUCUAUUCUCAUCGAACUCGAUGCUCCCCUGCGUAACGAAAAAGCGAAUAUGCUUACCAAAUCUCAGACGUUUUAG